AUGGGCUCAAGAGUAUUGGAUUUUUAUGAAGAUUCCACUGGAAAAGCGCCAAUGGAGGAAAAGGAUGACGGGCCUUGUUCUUCAGAUUUUACUAGAAAUAAGUUACCUAAGCAAAUACCAGGUACACCAAGUGAUAAAAUAACGACAUAUGAACUCGCUUCAAAAUGGCACAAUCAAUCAGGUAUUGGAAAAUCAGCUGCAUUUGACACAGAGGAGGAAAAGGAUAUAUAUGGGCAGGAACCCAUCGAAAAUCCGUUCCUAUCAAAUGUAGUUGCUGAUAAGAGUUUAAGAGAGGAAAGAAAGAAGAAGCUACUAGAGGAAGACCCUGACUUAGAGGACGCUAUUACCUAUGUGAAUAAAUCAGGAAAGGUUGUUUCUAAGAGAUACAUGACACAGGAAGAAAAGGAACAAUUAAAACCUACAAGAUUAUUCGCUGAUGAACUAGACAGUUCUUGA